AGCAGGUUUUAUACUGUCUAUGGAAAUGGGUGUACUUAUUGAAAAUAACUGGCAGUUAAGUUUAAAAUUUGAUAGUCCUUUGAGGAAUAGAAAACAUAAUCAUUAUUUUCAGUUUUGAAAAAUGUAGUAAUGUCUACAUUCAAAGUAGCUAUUUUAAAUUUUUUCUUGAUUAACACAUAAUUAAGCUACUUUCAUGUAGAGUUGCUGUUAAUGUUUGGCCUAAUUCACCCGAAAUUAUCGUGAAUUAAAUUAUUUCGACUUUGCGAUAACGCGGGCACAAAAUAUUUACUAAGGUGCCCGUAUCAAAUUAAGUCUGCAUGAUUGUUCGAUUUUUCAAGUACCUGUUUUAAUGCAAAUAUACAAUUUAUUUUAACUUACCUGACUCAUCCUCUUCAAGCAAAUGGCAAUAUAUUCAACUUUAAGUGAUGCUAUGAACUCCAAAGUAUACGAUUUGGUGCCGAAAUCUCUUACUGCCAAAAGUUUAAUCAGUUCUGGCAGUGCCAAUUCAAACUACAAACGACGUAAAAGCAAGAACAAGUCAGUCUAUAUCUCUAAUAAUCAUAUCCACUUGCGUUCCCUCACUGAAGAAAAAUCCGAAAAUAAGGUCUUAUCUUCCUUUCAACUAGCUGCGAAAUUGUAUAAAUCUAAUUCUGAUGAAUUCAAACCGGCGAAGAAAAUGAGUAAGAAGAGCAACAAAAAGUCUGUGUUGACUCUUCCUAAUGAGCCGGCUGUACUGCCUCAGUCUUGCACUGUAAGCGAUAUGAACGACACAGAAUAUUACAAACGUAUGCAAAAACCUAAUAAGGCGCAAAAAACGAAAAAACGCCAGCCUCAGAAGAAAAAUCCCAAGCCACCAGAUUACAACUGUGAAUAUUAUGACAGAGACGCAGACUACUGUUCCCAAAUGAACGUAUACCUAGAUUGUAGUUCUGUAGAUGUCGUUAAGAAUUUCAAAGGCGACUGCCGAAGAAAAGCAAGAGAUACUUAUAAUUCCAAAACCGAUGCACCGUCUCCAUCUGAUGUUUGGUCUGUGUUGAGGAAUAUGAAUAGAUUUCAAUUUUAUCCAUCUCCACCCAUGUCUGAUGACAGUAGCUACGAAAUAAAGCCGAGAAAAAAAGUAGUCAAGAAGAAACUUAAUAGAGGCGUUUAUGAGACGUGCCGAACCGAGCAGAUUUAUUUCCAGACUGAGCUUAAUGUUCCUAGAGAUGGCAGUCUUUCAGCGUCUUCUCAGAUAACUGUGAUUGACAACAAUGAUGAACUCAAUAAUUUUUGCAAAAAAGUGGAAAUUACGUCUUUUGAACAAAAUGUACCACUGGUUAAUACAAAGAAUAAGAUGCAAGAUUCACCAAAGACUAAUGGCAGAAGAAGUAGAAACUCCAAUUUUAAAUCUAGAACAAAGAAAAAUUCCGCAAGCAAAGAUACGCUCGUUGACCAAAAAUCUAAACUAUCUGAAGUAUCGAUGAAGUCAGAUCAGACAUUAAAUAGAGGUGAUGGCAGCUUUAAAGAAUCACAGACAAAACAUGUUUGUACGACAGAAGUGCAAACCGACGCGAAUAUUGAAAAAAAAGAAGUCGAUAAGCCGCAAAUAAGUCUCCACACUUGUUUACACAAUGCUGUUUCCAACACUGGGACUAUGAGCGGUGAUAUACCGAAACAAAUUAUGAAUAGGCGUCAGGAUAUGAAGAUGCCUCUCCGACGUCCUUUACCAAGUCGGGUACCCUGGACUAGCACUCAACCGCGUCCCAAUAUCCCACCGGGACGCCCCUUAACAAAUGAUUCUUCUAAUGUUAUACUCAGUCCACCUCAUGGCUUAACGUUUUCCAAACUACAAGACAGCCCUAGAGUUCCUUACCAAGCCACAGCGGAUCCAAUGCACCCGUUAACUCAAACCGCCAUACGCAGAAUUGUAGCCAAAAUCAAAUUCCCUUUAGUUAUUUUGGGAAAAGAUCAGGUCAGUGGCACAUUUGAAGUAGAGCAUUACGAUUACCCACAAUUCAAUGGGUUAGAUGAACAUGUGUGGCCUUUUAUGAUCAAUUGGAUGGAGAAACCUAAAUUAUUUGAAUUUGAGAUGGCGGCGCAAUCUAAAAAGCAAACUUUCAAGGACAAAGGGCCCAUUUCAACCAAUAUUGAUUGUACAGUUCGCAACAAAAAGAAACAGAUGGGUGCAUCUCUCAGUAACGUUGAAUCUAAACAGAGUAGUGUCGCCAAAACGAAACCAGUAUCCCGAUUCCGAGAUAACAUAUUGAAGCUUCUGUAUAGGAAGACUUCUAAUCAAAAGAUGGGUAAUGAUAUCUUACCUACACGUGUCCAGCGGAACGCGAAUGUGAACCAGUUACCAAUCAGAAAUACUAACAUUGGUUCAAGCAAAUGUAGGACAUUGAGCAUAGUCAUCAGCAAUAGCUCCAUAGCACAAUCUCGAGCAAGAAGUCCACCUCGAGCGAGGAGUCCACCUCUAGCGAGGAGUCCACCUCGAGCGAGGAGUCCACCUCGAGCGAGGAGUCCCCCUCGAACGAAGAGUCCGCCUCAAACGAAGAGUCCGCCUCAAACGAAGAGUCCGCCUCGGACGAAGAGUCCAUCUCGAACGAAGAGUCCAGUGAGAACAGUAAAACCAAGUUUUUCAACAUCACCCCCACCACCGACAUCGCCGUCCAAAAUUUUAAUACCACCGAAAAAACGUGAACCUCAAAGAAUUUGGGGCAAACCCAAAUGGGCGAGUGAUUUCAUUGAAAAUGUAAUUAAUAAGAUUAAAUGUGGGAUAUAUUAUACUAGCGAACCGCAAACAAAGAAUUCAAAGAUGCCUGCACCUCCUCAGAAUCGCACAAGCGAUACUAGUGACUUAAAACAUAAUGCAAAGGAAGUUUCCAUUCAGGUGACCAUGCCCAUAAUUACAGAAGAUUUCACACCAAAAGUGACUAUACAAAAGAAAAAGGAACUUACUGUAAUGUUGCCUGGAUUUGAUGAUGCUAUGCCACCACUGGAAAUAAAAUCGAUGACUCGGAACUUAAUCGCAGUGAAGCAUUGCAUUAUGAAUGUUUUGCUACAAUUUGACGUAAACGUACCACCAGAAGCAGACCAAAGCGCACUCGCCAUCAAGCGUUCUACUUCUUGCGUACCUCUUUCCGCAACAGAGAGCAGGACAAAAGUAUUUAAAUGUAAAACUAGAAUCCUUAAUGCUGCAUUGCCUGCUGAACUUUGCAGCAUUAUACCGAGAGUGAUGACGCAAUUUUUAGAUAAAGAAAUGCGACCGCCCCUAGCAUUACAAGAACCAAAGAGAAAUAUAUCUCUAAGCACCAUAUCUGAAUACACGACGACAUCUGACAUCCAGGAGCCAUGCAAAUUUCCAUUGUUGCCUCAAAUAACAAUGUCUCCAGAGCUGAUGAGAUUAAGUAACGGGAGAUUCUCGAAAAAUCCAAAGUCGUGGGCAGAAAAAUCAAAUGAAAACAUUUACAUUCUUUCAAUAAAGGAAUAUCCAUAUCAGUAUCGUAACAUAGUAGGAAUAUUGUCACCGCAUACGUCACUAUACCGACAAGCCUUCAUUGUACAUCCGAGUCGUGCGUUGGUACUGAAUUCAACCAAUACUCAAUGUAAUUCAUCGAGUCAGCCAAGUCUAAAUACUGUAUCUAAACCUAAUUUAUGCACAGAUUUAGUUCCGUAUACGGGUAAUAAACUAUCAUAUUAUGGUGGAUGCAUAGUACAAAAUACACCACCGAUAGCGUUAAAAGAACUCUUUAAUAAAAUGUUACAAGUAAAUACAAAUUCUCUCUCGGAGUAUUUACCUACCAUCAAGAUGCAAACCUGUAAUAAUCAUGUCUACGUGAACUUGACUAUUGGCAACCAUUUGGGAAUAAAUCCUUCUUUAUGCAUCGACACUACACAUUUUAAAUAUAAUACGCUAAGCAUUGUUACGACAGUUUCAUCUACUGCUGUUGUGAAAUAUGAACGUCCUGAGAAACAAAUUGAAUACAUAAAACUUGCGGAGAUAAAAGAAUCUAACAGGACAGAAACAAGAAAACCGGUACCGAAUAUAGGAAUGACUAAAAUUACAAAGAAAGGUCACGUGAGAUACGUGAAACUUUACAAGAAAUGCAAAUCCACUUCACACAUUGUAGCGGAACGAAGAAGCACGCCUUUGAUUAAAGUGACGAAUUUGGACGAAUUCUUUCAAGCAAUGGGCGCCGGGAAACUGUUAUCCAGUGUUUUUGAUGGCAGUUGUGAGAAGAAAAUUCUGGCGUUCAUUUCUGACUUGAAAACUUACAUUUCGGGAAUAACACCGAGACAAGCUUUACUAGUCAUGUUACUGGCAAACAAGAAAGAUACGUCCAAUUUAAUAAGAUUUCGACCCGUAAUACUGCAGGGCAUAGCGGUCCAUAGGAUCACACGAGCUAGCGAGUUGGAUAUGGAAGUCGAGGUCAUUGAAAAGGAGAAGUUCAAUAGAAUGCCGGAGUAUCUGGACGUCCCUCCCAUAAUAGAAAGUCAGGAAAAUAACGCCAAUCUUUUGGAAGAAUUGAUUUGGAUAGCGAAAACUACUGCAUCGGAUUAUCAGAGACAGUUCGACGAAACCUCUGAAAAGUUGCUCAAGGCGCUGUUAGAGAAGAGAAAAAGGUUGAACCCAUCAUACUUGCGGGUGAUGGCUCGCUACGUCGGCCUCGGGCUUCUGAAAACUCCAGUGAAUCACUAGUCUCUGACUCUGGGCAGUUUGGAAUUCACUUUGCUUUGAAAUUGUUUGUGAACGUCUGUUUCGUCAUGUAAAUUAUUUUGUGGUAUUGUCUAUUUAUCAUUAAAUUAUUAGGUUCGA